GGUAAGGUAACAACAAGUUGGCGACCCAUUUUGGCUGGCAUGGACUUUCCACCCUUUUGCUUUUCCUCGCAAUGUAACACGAAGCCAUCCAGGCCACGGAAAGGUCAACCCUUCAACUUCAGACAGCAGGAUGCCAGGUCCAUACUCAUUCCAGCCCGAGGGCCGAAUUGGAGAUGCAACACUCUCUCCUGCGACGGAUCCACGUUUCAAUCCCAAGUUGGUAAAGGCCCUGGCGACACAAGGAUGGGAGAACAACCUGCCGAUUGGCAUCGCCGACGAGAACUCGCCCUUGGAGCAACUGACCAAGGAAAUGAGAGCCCAGCACUACGGUUUUUCAGAAGGCUUCGCCGCGAUACCAAACUACUUGGCAAAGGACGUUAACGAACCACCAGUCGACCGUAAAACACACGUCGCGCAGGGGGUAGACGGGAAUCAUGUCAAGUUGUAUGUGUUUCGGAAGUCUGGGACCGAGGACCAGGUUCUGCCGUGUGUUGUCUACAUACAUGGCGGAGGCAUGACGACUCUUGAUACGUUGCGACCUGGCAAUGUUCGCUGGCUUACCGACCUCGCCCAACAAGGUGUAGUGUCCAUCGCCAUUGAUUUCAGAAAUGCCUGGUCGGAAACCGAAUACAAUCCCUUCCCGGCAGGGUUGAACGAUUGUGCAGCAGCUGUCAGGUACAUCGCGUCACACAAGGACGAGCUCGGCAUCGGCAAGAUCACCCUGGAGGGUGAGAGCGGUGGCGCGAAUCUUUGUCUCGCAACGGCGCUGAAAGCAAACCAGGAGGGCUGGAUCAAGGACAUCGAUGGCGUCUAUGCCUACUCGCCAAAUGUCUGCAACGUGUACGGCUGGCCUGCUGAAAGAAUAGCGAGAGAAUUUCCGAGCCGGCUUGCAAACGAUGGAUACAUGUUCGAUACCGCAGGUGCGGGCGCCAUGCAAAGCUAUUAUGCACCAAAUAUCCAGGACCGGACCCAUCCGAUAGCUUUUCCAUACUAUGCGACUGUGGAGAUGUGUCGAGGCUUGCCGCCGCACAUCAUCAGGGUUGACGAGCUCGAUCCGCUGAGGGACGAGGGGAUUGCGUAUUAUCGAAAGCUGUGUUCAGCAGGGGUGGACGCUGUUGGAAGCGUCAACCUAGGAGUGACGCAUGGAAGCAUGGUGUUAUUUAGACGGGCCAUUUCCGAGCUGCAUAGUGCUGGUAUGCGGGAAAUUGUUGGAUUUGCAAAGAGUUUGUAGCUAAGGGACGGCACCCAAGGGGGUUGCUGUGCGGUAGCUGACUGCCUUGGUAUAUUACUUGUGUUGGCGCCGAUCAAUGGGUCUGGAGGAACAUGCUCUCACUUCUCAGUAUCCCUUGAGCUCCCAAAUCCAGCCUCUCGGAUUUCC